CCAGAAAAAUAUUAUCUUAUAAUCUUCUUCAUGUGUUUUUCUAAUGCCUCAAUAUUUAGAUGCUAUGUAAUAUGCUUACUGUUAAUGAAUUAACUAAUUGGAAUAUAAACAAUCCAUGAUAUGAUUUCUUCAUCAACAAAUUCGUUUGUAUCUUGUUUCUCUUGUAAUUAUCAAAAUACAAAUCAAAACUUUAUUAGUUUUUUUGCACAAAUGAACAAGUAAGUAUUCAUUAAAUCUAUAGGUCAAGAUAUAAUAAUUUUCAUGACAUUUUAUCACGAUAAAGAAAAAGCCUUUUUUUCUUUUCUAUUAUAAACGCUUUUUUUUGUUUUCUAGUGGUCUUGUUAUGCCUCAGUUUCAAAAUCAUUAAAAUAUAGAACAUCAAGUACAACACGUCCUGGUCGACGAUUAUUAUGUAUAUCUCAAGUAGCAUUAGGAGAUUCAGAUAAAUUCUAUUCCUAUGCACCAAACUUAAUUCAAACACUUGAACAUUUUCAUAAUGAUGAAUAUGCUGUUUAUAAUCUUGAUCAAUUACGAUUGCUCUAUCUUGUUGAACUUUCAUCGAUGCCCAAUGAUAGUAUUUUUCCAUCACCAAAAUGA